AUGUAUGUCGUGACGCCUCCUCAAAGAUCCGAUUUGGGAUCCAACGGAGAUUUACGGGUUUACCAAACAUGGAAAGGAAGCAAUAUAUUUUGUCUUCAAGGAAGGUUUAUAUUCGGGCCAGACGUAAGAUCACUUCCUCUGACCAUAAGUCUCAUCGUAGUCCCUGUUAUAAUCUUCUGCAUCUUCGUCGCUAGCAAGCUAAUGGAAGACUUCUCCAAUAGUUGGGGAGUGUCUAUAGUCUCUGUUGCUGUUGUCUUCACCAUUUAUGAUAUGAUUCUUCUGAUGCUUACAUCCGGAAGAGAUCCAGGGAUCAUCCCGAGAAACUCUCAUCCUCCAGAGCCAGAUGUUCUUGAUGGUAACAACACGAACCCGGGGAGUACAAGCCAAACUCCGAGAUUGCCUCGCGUUAAGGAAGUAGAAGUUAAUGGAAACAUAUUCAAGGUCAAGUACUGUGACACUUGCAUGCUCUAUAGACCGCCUCGCUGCUCUCACUGUUCGAUUUGCAACAACUGUGUAGAAAGAUUUGACCAUCACUGUCCUUGGGUUGGUCAAUGCAUUGCUCAAAGGAAUUAUCGGUUCUUCUUCAUGUUUGUCUUCUCCACAACUCUUCUCGGUGUAUAUGUGUUGGCCUUCUGCUGUGUCUAUAUAAGGAAGAUCAAAGAAUCUGAAGAUGUAACCAUUUGGAAAGCAAUGCUCAAAACUCCUGCUUCCAUGGCGCUGAUACUCUACACAUUCAUAACAAUGUGGUUUGUUGGAGGCUUAACAUGUUUCCACAUCUAUCUCAUCAGCACAAAUCAGACAACAUAUGAAAACUUCAGAUACAGUUACGACCGGCGUAGCAACCCACAUAACAAAGGAUUGGUUGAUAACUUUAAAGAGAUCUUUUACUCGGCGAUAUCUCCUUCCAAGAACGAUUUCAGAGCUAUGGUACCUAGGGAAGCUCCAAUGCCGUCGAGAUCAGCUGUUGGAGGCUUCAUGAGUCCAAACAUGGGAAGAGGUAAUGAUGAUGAGAUUGAAAUGGGAAGGAAAGGUGUUUGGGCAAUGGCUGAACAUGGUGGUGAUGACAAGAAUGGUGGUAGUAACAACAAUGAACGGUUUCAUGUUAAUGACGAUGAGUUAGGUGACAUUAGGACACAAGUGAAUGAUGAUGAACAGAUCGGUAGGCCAAACAUUCGUCCGAGGCAGUCAAGCUGGGAAAUGUCACCUGAAGUUAUGGCCUUGGCAGCAAGAAGACCUUAG